AUGUCCCAAUCUCCAACCACACCACCAUGCUGGCACAUCCACCCCAUGACGCACACAACCACCCCCCAAAUCGCCCGCUUCAUCAAUUUUCUCUUCGCAACCAACGCAUCGGCACACACACCCUCAGAACCAAAAGAUGGACAAGAAAAAGAAAUCAUAGCUACAAUCGGCUUCGUCCCCGCAGAGGUAGUGCGGCUCUUUGUGCUGCUGCUGUUUCGGCGUUGCGGGCUUGCAUCUGCGCUAAGUUUGUAUUUGCCGGGUGCCAUUGCUUUUUGGGAGAAGCACGGGUUUGGCGUCGUAUGUAUGUUGAGGAGGGGGAGGAUGGGGGUGUGGCGGACUACGCGUAUGGAGAUUCUCGCUUUCGUAGGUUGA